CGGGAUCUUCUUGCGACUCCCACUUGGGGCCGGCGCUCAAAUCGUACGGAGAGAGUCGACGGGUAAUAACCUGGCAGACGUGGAACGCACGCGAGGCCUCGCCGCGGCACAUUCGAAAGUUCGCGCGCGCGCCUCCAACCCCCGGCUCAUUCGUACGUAGGUGGUGCGUGUAACGUCGGGUCUCAGGUCUUCGAUCAUCCCUGCUCCGAAUCCCGUAAACAAGAAGAAGCAACGAGAGAGCAGGAGUCGCGAACCCAGAGAGUACGAGUAUGGCACAGCUGAUCAGCGUCAAGCUCUCCCGCUUCGACGGUUCACCUUGGGGUUUCCGGCUGCAGGGGGGCAAGGACUUUGGCACGCCGCUCAUCGUCCAGAAGGUGAAUAACGGAUCUCCAGCCGCGGCAGCGGGUUUGCGGGCGGGCGACGCUGUCAUAAGAGUCAACAGCAUCGAUAUGUUUAAUCUCAGGCACAAGGAUGCGCAGGACGUAAUUGUCAGGGCCGGCAACACCUUCGAAGUGACCGUGCACAGGGGUGUGAACACGUGGAGGCCGAGUGUCUCACCAGUAACAGCGUCGAUCCCAGCGCCACAACCCCAGCUCCCAGCCAGCAAUAUACCCCCAGUGACGAAGACCUCGUUAGCGGCCAAGAAGCAGGAUAUCCACCUCAUCGGCAGCGGGCACAACUUUAGUCCCAAGCCGUUCCUUAAUGGAACAAGUGAUGGUACAAUAAAGUCAAUAGUUAACAAGCAGUACAACAGCCCCGUUGGAAUUUAUAGCGAAGAGACAAUCGCUGAAACAUUAUCAGCUCAAGCUGAAGUAUUGGCUGGAGGUGUAUUAGGAGUGAACUUCAAGAAGAACGAAAAGAAUUACAACGCUCAGAACAGUGAAGUAUUUAAGAUGGUUCAGGAAGCUGAUAAGGAACCAAGAACACCCGAGCCUGCAGAGCCGUUGCCCCACAGCGGAGUCGUGACACCGACGUCGCCGACCCUGACUGGUCUGCGUUCAGUCCAAGCGCCGGAGACACGGCCUCAGUCCGGCACACCCCAGCCGAGCCUCUUACCCGGACAGAACAUCUGUGCUGAUUGCGAGAGGCUUAUUAUUGGUGUAUUCGUGAGAAUAAAGGAGAAGAAUCUUCACGUCGAAUGCUUCAAAUGUUCAACCUGUGGAACUUCCCUCAAGAACGUCGGUUAUUACAACAUCAACAAUAAAUUGUACUGUGACAUCCAUGCUAAAUUGGUCGCCAGACAAAACGCACCAGCUGGACUCAUACCAGUAACUGUUGGACCUGGUCAGAAAGCUCCUGUAAGUACGAUUUCUGCGGCGUUAUCGAACAUUGGGUCUCAUUCACCAUCAUUAAGUAAUCAUGGAAACUCAGCGCCUCAGCCAUUAUCAAGCUACAUGCAGAGCUACAGUCCUGAUCAGCAUCAACAGCCUCAGCAACAACAGCAGCAUUAUUACAACAGCUACGAUGAGAUAAACAGCAACGGUGUCGAACCGGCAACUCACUGCGAAUCGAAAACGUACACGAGCACACUGACCAUCCGGACGCAAAGUAAUGGUCACGGACUCGACUGUAACCGUAACCCCACUAACAACUACAUUAACAACACCGACAACAAGCUGCACAAGCUCGCAGAUAGCAUACGCGAUUUCGCCCUUGAGCAGCAACAAGACGGCUACGAGUUCGACGAACGGGACUACUGCCCGCAAAGCGCGUACACGCAAACCCUGAAGGUGACUAUUCGCGCCUGAGACCGACGUCGAAUUAA